AUGGCGAUGGGGACUUUCUAUAAUGAGAUAAAGGGGAUGAAGGUGAAGGAGCUGCCGACGCAUCUCAAACCCAUCUUCACCAUUGAUUACCUGAAGAAUUCCAUGAAGCGCAGCCUCGAUAAUUAUCAAGCCAAAUACAUCGAGACCAGCUCCGUCAAUCCCCUCUUCCACAUCUGCUUUUGGAGGACGAUCUUCUCCUACCUCGUCGCCCUCCCCGAGGAGCACUGCCACCUGAGCACCAGCAGCAGGCCGGCCAUUGACCCGCUGCUGCUUUUUUCAGCUUUCGGCUACCGAGAUGCAGUGAUGCUUGACGUUGGAGAAGUAUUAGAAGAUUGUUGCGAUCUGUUUCUGUUUUUAAACGUUGGAUACUAA